UUUUUAUCGUGCUCAUUUCUCGCGGCGAUAAGAUUAGAGUAGUCAUAUGUCGCACUGCAGCGCCACUUUUGUUACGAAAAUCAUUCUUUAUAUUUUUGCUUGUUAAUUGAAUAACAAAGUAAACAUUAUUUCAUGCGGAAAAGAAGGAAAGUGAUGUUGAAAAUAAGUGCUAUAGUGUUUCGAUAUGAGAGACUAUCGUUCAGUCACAGUCAUGCAUAACGUUAGACCAUUGGAAUUCAUUUCAAGGAUUAGUGAGCCGCAUCGAAGUCGGUCGUCUUCUUGGUCAUCAUGGAGACGAAACAAUGAUAUACAGAGAUCAGAACCUAGGUUCUCUUUGCAAUAUCAGACGGACGAGAACAGUUUUCUUCUUCGUCUGAAGAUAAUAGGGGCUUUCUCAUUGGCCAAGAAGGACAUCUUUGGUGCAAGUGACCCGUACGUCCGCGUGGAGCUGCAGAAGAUAGACGGUGACGUCACUGUAGAGACCUUCCUCACCAAGACCAAGAAAAAGACCUUGAACCCGGUAUGGAAUCAAGAGUUCAUAUUCAGGGUGAAACCACAGGAGCAGAAGUUACUAAUCCAGGUGUUCGAUGAGAACCGGCUAACGAGGGAUGACUUCCUGGGCAUGGUGGAGAUCCCGCUGGCGGGCGCGCCCACCGAGUCCGCCGCCGCGCCGCGCCCCCCACCCGCUAAGUACCCCCUCCGUCCGCGCAGGUCUGUUGCCAGAUCGCGGGUGCGGGGCCACAUCGAGGUGUACGCGGCGCUGGUGGGCCGCGUGGGCGAGGCGGAGGACGAGAGCGAGGCGAGCCCCGCGCCCGCCGCCGACGGUUGGGAGAUGGUCGAACCUGAAGCGCAGACUGGCACUGUGCAACCGACUAUUGGCGGAGACCCGCUGCCGCCGGGCUGGGAGGAGAGACAAGACGCAAACGGACGCACCUACUAUGUCAACCAUAUAGCUAGAUCAACGCAAUGGGAACGGCCCACAUUCACUCGCAAUAUAAGUACGGAAACUCAAGCGGAGCGCAUGGAGACCGCGGCCACGGAGUUCCAGAGGCGGUUCCACAUCUCAGCAGAUGACGAACAUACUAACAGUCCACAGACUGGCAACCAUCAGGAUGAUAUGAGAGAUAGAAGAGCGGACAGUACAUCGACUGAAGUGACACCGUUCUCUACUCCGGUGCGGUCGCCUCAAACAGCGAACGCGUCCGCAACCGCGCCUGAUAAUGUUCCUACAGAAACAUCUAAUUUAAGCAACGACUGUGAUACUAAUGUAAGAGAAGAUAAUGACAAUGACGUCAUUGAUGCUCCGACGAGCGCAAACGCAGAUGUAGAUAAUCUAACAACUGAAGAAACUCCAGAAACUGUAGCAACGAAUGUAAAUACUACGGAAGAUACUCAAGAUACAAGCGGCAAUGAAAUAGCUAGUACUAGUCAAAUUAAUACAGUAGAAAACGUCGCCGCUGACAAUAACACUGAAUCAACAAGUAACAACGAAACUGACGAACUUGUUAGACAACAAAGUAACGAUGAUGCUCAGUCUCAGAGUACUGCGGAGACUAAUGCAAGCGAGGAAGCUAAUGACAAUGUUGAAGAAGUGAGAGUUAACGGUGAUGAAGUGAGGCCAACUGGCGAUGAUGAUGAUGAGGAAGUGGAAUUGAUAGAAAUAGUAGCGGAGUCGUUGACGUUUGAUGAGAAUCACUUUAGUACUCCGACGGCAGGCAGUCCGGAGAGCCGGACGCCGAUCUCCCGCCGCCGGAGGACCACGGCCAGCUCUAUGGAUGACUCGGAGGACGAAACAGACGCGUCCACGGAAAGUACGAGAAGCAGUAGUACCAGCUCUCAGAGUCAGAAUCUGCCGAAUAGUGAUGGUUUGCCGCCCGGCUGGAGCAUGCAGAGAGCACCAAACGGGAGGAUAUUUUUCAUUGAUCACAAUCAGAAAACAACAACAUGGAUAGAUCCUAGAACAGGUUGCGCAUCCAGCUUGCCAACAGCGGCGGGCAGCAGCAGCGCGGCUGAGGCGGACGAGCUGGGCGCGCUGCCCGAGGGCUGGGAGGAGCGCGUGCACACAGACGGAAGGAUAUUCUUCAUUGAUCAUAACACUCGCACGACCCAGUGGGAGGACCCGCGGCUGUCCAAUCCUCAGAUCGCGGGUCCCGCUGUGCCGUACUCACGCGACUACAAACGCAAGUACGAAUACCUCAAGAGUCAGCUACGUAAAGCGAGCAACGUGCCGAACAAGUUCGAGAUCAAGGUAAGACGUAACUACAUCCUGGAGGACUCGUACCGCAUCAUCAGCUCCGUCAGCCGCCUCGACCUGCUCAAGACCAAGCUCUGGGUCGAGUUCGAGUCAGAAGUCGGUCUCGAUUACGGCGGCUUAGCUCGGGAGUGGUUCUUCUUAUUAUCAAAGGAGAUGUUCAAUCCGUACUACGGUCUGUUCGAGUACUCCGCAAUGGACAACUACACGCUGCAGAUCAACCCCAACAGUGGAGUCUGCAAUGAGGAGCAUCUCAACUACUUCAAGUUCAUCGGCAGAGUCGCCGGCAUGGCGGUCUACCACGGGAAACUGCUCGAUGCUUUCUUCAUCCGUCCGUUCUACAAGAUGAUGUUGGGCAAGUCUAUAGCGCUACAGGACAUGGAGUCAGUAGACCUCGAGUACUACAACUCUCUCAUGUGGAUCAAGGAAAAUGAUCCAUCAGAGUUGUACCUGACGUUCUCCGUGGAUGAGGAGCAGUUGGGGAAGACGGUGCAGCGCGAGCUGAAGCCCGGCGGUGCCAACAUACCUGUUGAUAAUGAUAACAAAUUUGAAUACAUCAAACUGGUGAUCCAGUGGCGGUUCGUGAGCCGAGUGCAGGAGCAGAUGUGCGCAUUCCUGGAGGGUUUCGAUGGUCUGGUGCCGCUGCCGCUGCUGAAGAUCUUCGACGAGAACGAGCUGGAGCUGCUGGUGUGCGGCAUUCAGCACAUCGACGUGCGCGACUGGCGCGCCAACACGCUGUACAAGGGGGACUAUCACGCCAACCAUCUCGUCGUGCAGUGGUUCUGGAGGGUGGUGCUAUCGUUUUCCAACGAGAUGCGUUCCCGGCUGCUGCAGUUUGUGACGGGGACGUCGCGAGUUCCCAUGAACGGCUUCAAGGAGUUGUACGGCUCCAACGGACCUCAACUCUUCACCAUCGAGAAGUGGGGCACCCCCGACAACUACCCCAGAGCGCACACAUGUUUCAACCGCAUCGACCUGCCGCCGUACGAGAGCUACCAGCAGCUGCGGGAGAAGCUGAUAAAGGCCAUCGAGGGCUCGCAGGGCUUCGCCGGCGUCGACUGAGGGCCGGCGCAUGCGCUGCGCUCGCUGGCGCGUCGUCUGCUGCUGCCCCGCCCCCGAACACGCCCCUGAACACGCCCUUGAAC